AUGGAAGUGGACGAAUCGCCGAAGAAAGAGGAGGAGAAGAAGAAGGGUGCCGGAGGGGAUGCGAAGGAGGGCGAGAAGGAGGAUGCGCAGAAAGCUAAAUCUCCGGACGCCGUUGUUUUAGAAAAUUUACGGGCCUGGUGUUCGCAGUUGGAGAAAGGCGAGCUACAUGUACUGCCCCGGAUGAUCCAGUUAUUGCAUAAGACGCGAAAACAAGUGAAUGCAAGCGUGCUGACAAGUCUGAUCAAUUCGCAUCUCGCAUCGCUUCCACUGAUCAAGGAGCAGCUACUUCAGUCGCUUCCGUCUGCAAACAGUGUACAACCGUGCGUGGAAAUGCUCAUCUCUCGAAUCGACUACCACGAGAAGCGUUCGCUGGAUUCGAUUGCCGCAAAGGCAUAUUUCUAUUUAUGCCUGAUUUACGAAACGAAAAAUAAACUGGAUCAACUACGAGCAUAUUUGAAUGGCCGUUUACGUACAGCCACACUUCGUCGACAGUACGAUUCACAGGCAGUGCUGAUUGUGUGCCUUCUGCGGGCUUAUUUACUUGGAAGGCACUAUGAAGCUGCUGCUAUGCUCGUUUCAAAGGUUACGUUUCCGGAAGGAGCAUCGAACAAUGAUCUUGCUCGGUUUUUGUAUUAUCAAGGUAGAAUUAAAGCAAUGCAGUUGAAUUAUACAGCUGCUGCCGGUUAUUUCAUGCAAGCAAUUCGGAAAGCUCCACAGGAUGCUGCUAUUGGCUUCAAACAAAACGUGCAGAAAUGGAUUGUUGUGAUAAGUUUAUUGCAAGGCGAAAUACCGGAACGUUCCGUUUUUCGUGUACCAAUUCAUCGCAAAACUCUUGCACCGUAUCUCGAACUUACCCAAGCGGUUCGUUUGGGUGAUUUGUUGUUGUUCAAUAAAGUACUCAACAAACAUGCAAAGCAUGUUUUCGAACCCGAUGAAACGCUGACAUUAAUUGCUAUCAAAGACGGCGGUAUCGAAGCGGCAGUUUCGUUCGAUUCGCAGCAUUCAUCGGAAAGAUACAUGCAAUCGAAGGAGACUGAAGAUGUUUAUCGCACAACGGAACCUCAAACGCAUUUUGAUACUCGUAUUAGGUGCGUUUCAUCCCAAAUCAUCUUCGCGCUCUCAACGUAUUGUUUGGAAUUGCAUAAUCAGGCCGUAAAAGCGCUGCGUUAUCCGGCAAAAUCGGGUAAAGGCUUAGUGGAAUCAAUUGAGGAGCAGCGAGAACGCGAAAUGCAGGUGCGAAUUCUUUUUCGGCUUUUUAGGCUAUCAAAGACGGCGGUAUCGAAGCGGCAGUUUCGUUCGAUUCGCAGCACUCAUCGGAAAGAUACAUGCAAUCGAAGGAGACUGAAGAUGUUUAUCGCACAACGGAACCUCAAACGCAUUUUGAUACUCGUAUUAGGUGCGUUUGAUACUCGUAUUAGAUAUUGUUUGGAAUUGCAUAAUCAGGCCGUAAAAGCGCUGCGUUAUCCGGCAAAAUCGGGUAAAGGCUUGGUGGAAUCAAUUGAGGAGCAGCGAGAACGCGAAAUGCAGAACUGA